UUCGUGCUAGAUCACUGCCCCCGGCAGACCACCUGACCCGGCCGCUCGAGAUGGCCGCCAGAAGGCACGCCGGGAGCAGCUCCGGGAGUAAGCAUGAAGCUGCUGGCGGAGGUGGACAGGCGCGGCACGCCCAGGCGCGUGGUGUACGCCGAGGCCGGCAAGGACGUCGUCGACUUCCUCCUCACCUUCCUCACCUUGCCGAUCGGCACGGUCGUCAAGCUGCUCAGGAGGAACUCCAUGCCCAUGGUAGGCUGCGUCGGCAACCUGUACGGCAGCGUCGAGGAGCUCCCCGACGACUUCAUCUGCCACAGGGACGCCAGGGCCGCCAAGGACACCCUGCUCAGGCCCGCCGGCGGCAGGCUUCCCCUGCUCACGAACGCGGGGUCGUCGUCGUCCAGCACCGGCGGCUUUGUGAGGGCGGGCGUGACGUACGAGGUCAUGGACGACCUCGAGAUUGCUCCCAGGUCUAACGUCGAUUUCAUCACCAACCUCAACAGGGACAUCGGCUGUCUCCAGAGGAAGACUGUCCGAGUUGGCGACACCGAGGGUCUCCAGAUACUGAGGGCGUCACUCAAGUCGAAGACGGUCCUCACCGACGUCUUCCUUCGGACGAACACUCCGAGUCCGAGUCCGAGGGCCUUAACCGCAGGGUGAAGUGUCCUUGCCGUGUCAUCCUUGUGGUGCGUGCAUGUGUGUCUUUGGUCAUAUCGUUCGUGUUGGUCACUGGUUCACGGCUCACAUACUAUGAAUAAAGGCAAGGAAUUAUCA